AUGGGCAACCCUAAACCACACCAAUAUUCUGUCGUUGCUGUUAUUCAUAGAGGACGAAGAUUUAUUUCAACCAUGAUGCCCAACAACAAGGAGAAACUCGAUAGCGAACCAUUUCUUGCCUUCCUCACCUCCUCUCGUUUGGCAUUCGUUGACCCAAUUUCUUGUUGGGACACGAAGCGCGACGGCAAAAUCGAGCCAGUAGACACGGGCUUCCAAGAGAUGCCUAAAAUGGUCAAGAGCCGAAUUCAAGAAUCACGUUUGACCCUGCCUUCACCAGAACCUUGCAACCCUCCUAGAGAAUUCAGGAUGCUUAUCAAAGUCAAGCAACGGGCAAAGAGGUAUCUCAUUCCAGUCAAAGAAGCGGCAAAUCUUGAUGACAUGGUUAUUAGAUCGCGCUUGAUAUGGAUCAAUAUGACAAAGUAUGUCACGCCAAUCACUCGCAUCAAGGAGAAAGUAGAAGAACAAUCCGGCGUUGCUCAACAACAACAGAGGGCGGAUGAUACGACGGCGAAAGACGCUGGCCUUACGGCUGGGAGUAUCGUUCACUUGGUCGUUAGAAGCUAG